AUGAGUAGUGGAAAUCGGUACUCAGCUCCCACACCCUUGCAAGCAACUCCCCAACUCGCUUCAGAGUUGUUGUGCUGGAAUUUUGCAGCUCGGGUGCUAUGCGGACAAGAAACCUUAGACGGACAGUCCCCAUCGCAAUGCUUCCGCGAUGCCGGCACUUUCGACUGCCUAGUCUUUGGCAUCUGGCCGUUGAGCACGGAUCCGGCAACCUCGACCAUCGGCUAUCAAGCCCUCGAGAGACUGAGCGGCCAGGUCACAGGCCAAAACUUGGAUUGCCAUGCAGGAGUGGCAGGACAUUCACGACUAGCAAACAAGGCCAGACCGCCUUCUGGAGUCGAUUCCCAUUGCUCUCUGUCGGCGGCUGCCAAUCAGCGAGGCGGCCUUGAGGCGAAGGGCGAGCCGCGUCGGGCAAGUGGGCAGGUUCCAGAACAUGGCAGGCCGCAAGACAGGGCGCAAGGCAAAGAAAAGGCACGAGAAGAUUCGUGGCAAGGCCACCUGAACUUCGCAGGUUGCCCUGGCCCUGCGAGAGAGGGGAGAUGGGGACGAGAUGUAUGA